AUGAAACGAUUUAUUUCUAUAUUUUUAAUAGUGAUCUGCACUCUGUCUGUUUUUCAAAAUGGGCGUGUAUCUGCUGGCAAAUGUAUUAUUUGCAAAUUUGGAUCUAUUUUGACACCUCUAAAUUCAUCGGUAACAACAAAACUAAACACCGAUAGACAGCUCAAGUCAAGACACUCGAUGACAUUGUCAUUAGAAAAUUCGAUUUCAGUAAAAGCUACCUUGGACCAUCAUACGGAAAAACAUUUGCCAACGUCCACAAAGUCUGACGAAGACCUCAUAAAACCCAGCUCUCCGACUACACUGGCCGACAUGUCACCGGAAGACAAGGAAUCCUUCGUCUCAGUCUUCACGUCCAUGUACGGUCAUCUGACGGAUCCAAUCCCAUCCGACAUGGUCGUCAACUUGGUCGGCGUGUUCGGGUGCUCGCCAAAAUUGUUCUACACACUUACACAACCGACCCUCAACUCGGCACUGUCGAUAUUGGCGGUCAACCAGUGCGCACUGCACCAGGUGCCCCCGAAGGACAGUGGUCUGUUCUUGAAAGGAUUGCUGUCGCUGUCCCCGGGUGUCCUGAACAGCAUCCCGAAGUCCAGUUUCGUCUCAAUACUCGGGAUGGUGUCUUCCGCCGAUUUUUUCGACGACAUACCGCAGUCGUCGACCUACAAUUUGAUCACCGCUCUGUCGAUGUCCAAAUCCUCGGUCAACUGUCUGCCUUUGCAGACCCUACUGUCGUUGUUGUCGUUCAUCGCAUCCCAAUCGCACACGGAAUAUUUGAUGAAGUUGCCCCCAUCUACUCAUUUUGGUUUUCUGGGCGGCCUGUUGGACACCUUGGACGACUCUUCGCCUUUUCUGGUGAACACGAUACCCACUUCAGUGCUCGUCACCAUCCUCAGUCCUGUAAUGAGUUCGCGGGUGUUAAGCGUAUUGCCGAUCAGCAGUUUUGACUCGCUCGUGUCGGUCCUCGGUUCGUCACAGGCGUUGUCAAAAGACUUGCCUGUAACACAUUUCAUAUCGAUGAUUAAUAUCUUGAUAACUUCCCCAAAAAUAUUGAGCUCGUUAAAUCCCAAUAAUUUGGCGAAAAUGUUAUCCACUGUGGCGACGUGUCCAUCGAUAUUCGACAGUCUCCCUUCGACUUUGAUGCGCCAACUGUUUGAGUCUAUAUCCGUUUACUUACCGUCUUCUCUGGCGUGUAUCACUGCAAACGAAUAUUCGAUAUUGUUCGGGAAAAAAAAUUAG